AAGGACAGUCCGAUUGGCUAAGAAUGAGCCAAUAAUAUAUCAUUAUGUGAAAGUUGACUGUGUUGUACAGCCCAGUUGUUGUUGUCCCUGUGGCGCGCAAUUUGAACAGAAAGUGCAGAAAAACCGGGAACAGAGCGGUGUUCUAUUUUAUGAAAAUAUAAGAACUGGCGAGUUACAAUCUUAAAGACUGCUUCAUAUCUUUUUGAGAAUAUAGAAACAUGUCCUCUUUGGUUACCCCGCGGAAAAGGAAACGCAAUUUUGUUGAAUCAGAGAGCUACAUGGAAGGCAAUCCGACGAAGAGGCUAUUGAAAGAUAUUGCAUUUCCUCUUAGAAAAAAAAAAUCUGCUUCAAUAAGGAAAAAAGGGUCAAAACCUUCCCAUGCAGAAAAGGAAAACUAUCCAUCCCUAUGCCAAAUGGCUCCCUCAGACUAUCCCAUUUCGUCUUAUGCCCAUUCUGUCUUUACUUCUAGUAACCUAUAUAAAUUUCUUUCUGAUGGCUCUGACAAAGACGGUUUACAAGAGUCUGUAAAUACCAGCUCUUUUUACAGUAAAAAAACAAAACAAUAUUUAACCCCUCUUGACAGAAAGCAUCUUAACAAAACUAAGUCCAUGUCAAGUGGAGAAGGUGUGGAGGAAAGCAGAAUUCCUAAUGCCAAUAAACCAAACAAAAGAAAGAAAGCCGCAAGGACAAGCAACAGAGUUUCUCAAGGUUUGAAAUCACAAAAACCUAAAUGUUAUAAAUUAUCUUGCCCAGUUCAGCAGAAGAGCAAAUUAGAACAGGAUACAUCAAAACAGUAUUUGCCAACAGCUAAUAAUCAAAAUGAAGUUCAGCUAAAGACAUUUUCUAAAUUAACCUUUAGUGGUUUGAGUGCUAAGCCCAAGCCCAAGCUUCCAGUGGGAGCUGCCUUUUUUGCAACUGGAAAAAAUGCUCGUUUUAUGUAUAAAAAACCUGUGCAUAAAACCUUCAAACCAAAUUUAGGUAACAAUAAAAAUACUGAAAAAAGUAAUCUAAACCGGUCCUUCAGUUAUCAGAGAAAUAAUGAGAAUGAACAGCAGCAAAAUCAGCAGCUACAGUUUCUUCAGAAGCAGAAAGACAGACUAGAUGUAAAGGCUGAAAACGGAGCAAAGAAGGGGCAUCUUGACUGUGUAACAAAAAAUAUCAAAAGCCAUGAAAUAAGUGGACAAAACGUUGUAGAUAAAAGUAGCUUGUCAGAUGAACAUGUGGAGCAUGGGAAGACCCUACAAUUGGAGAAGGAAUCAGAUGUGUUAUCAAAGUGUUCUGUCACCCAGGAACUGAAGAUAGUCCUAAAAAAGCUUGAUGAAGAAUGCCUGUCUAGUUCAAGGAAAGAGAGAGAAAUUAAGAAUAAUGAAGACCUUAUGACACGAGAGUCUGACGUAGAGUUUCAUAAAGUAUCACCACAAGCAGCAUCUGUUUAUCCAAUUUUCAGCACUCCGUCAUCAGUUCAGAAAAGGAAAUGUCAGCCAGGCAUUUUGGCUUCACCUGUAUUGAACAACACAACUCCUUUUCCCAAGAGCUCUUUCCUGAAACCAGUCAAACAAACAAAAGCCAAGAAAAAGAAAGAUGUGGAACUAGAACCCUCUGAUCAACUUGUCAUCGAUGCAGGCCAGAAGAAUUUCGGUGCUAUUAUGUGCGGUUCUUGUGGUAUGGUGUAUACUACUGGCAGCACAGAGGAUGAAUUGCAGCACACCCAGUAUCAUCAGAGUAUUCUGGAUAGAAUUAAAUUUGUGGGCUGGAAGAAGGAAAGAGUUGUUGCUCAGUACUGGGAUGGAAAAAUAAUUCAAGUCCUGCCUGAUGACCCAAAGUAUGCUGUCAAAAAGGCUGAUGAAAUAAGAACACUUGCUGAUGAAGAACUUGGGUUCAAACAAGCUACACUCAGUUGCCCUAGCAAAAGCAUGACAUACUUGUUUGUGAGUAAUGAGAAGACCAUUAUAGGAUGUCUUGUUGCAGAGCAGAUCAGACAGGCAUUUAGAGUUUUAGAUCAACCUGCUGAUGCAAAUAGUUCCAAGGCAAAUGACAUCCAGGAACCACUCCGAGCCUGGUGUUGCUCAACAAAGCCAGUAAAUGCCAUCUGUGGAAUAAGUAGGAUUUGGGUGUUUGGUCUGAUUAGACGGAAAGGUAUUGCUACCCGCAUGGUAAAUACACUCAGAAAUACAUUUAUAUAUGGAUGCCAGUUAAGUACAGAAGAAAUAGCGUUUUCAGACCCAACACCAGAUGGCAAGCUUUUUGCUACAAAGUACUGUGAAACGCCUGCAUUUCUAGUUUAUAACUUUCUUAGUUAGAAUGUAUGUGCGAACAUUUGUUGUCCCAGAGACACAUUUUCAAUAAUUGUUCUAUUAUUUUAAUAGUGUUACAAAACUGAUCUAGAACUCCUUAAUUGUAUUCUUGUCCUGAACUUGGUUAUCUGUUAACUUGUAUUUCAGACAUUUUUAGUCUAGACAGAUAUGUUUCAUUGACAAUAGAAGAUAAAACAUUAGUAUAAUCUUAAAAGAGAAAUUUUACUAAAGUGAAAAAUGGUGAUUGAUAUACAUGACAAGCCCAAACAUUGUAUGUAAUUAACUAUUGCAGAUUUAACUUUAAAUUCUGUUUAUAUUGUGCAUUUGUAAAUUAUUCCAGUGUUGUUAAUUAAUUGAUUGAUCAGAUUUCUCAAGUGGUUGAGGUCUUUGGUUGUUUUAUUGCAGUUUUCAAAAUGUUUU